AUGUCGUUCCGCCCGCGCCUCGAGCGCGUCCAGCAGCUCCAGCAGCUCGCAGAGAACCGCGAGAAGAACCUCGUGCCCGUGUACGUGGAUGCAGUCGCAGACCUGGACACGCCCGUGAGUGUCCUCCUCAAGCUGCGCGCGCGCCAGACGCACUCGUUUCUGCUCGAGUCCGUCGCGCCGGGGGAAAAGAUCGCGCGCUAUUCGUUCAUUGGCGCUGGUCCGCUGCACGUAUUGGCGACGGGCAAAGGACAGGACGUUGAAGGCGACCCACUGGUGUACCUGGAGAAGGAGAUGCAGCGCUUUCGGACCGUGACGCUGCCGGAGCUCAACGUGCCCAUGACGGGCGGCGCUGUGGGCUACUGCGCUUUCGACGCGAUUCGCCAUUUCGAGCCCACGAUUGCGCCGUUUGUGGACGCGCAAAAGGACGUGUUGAACGUGCCUGAGAGUCUGUUUAUGUUUUUUGAUACGAUUGUGAUCUUUGAUCACGUGUUUCACUCGCUCAAGAUUGUGUCGCACUGUCGAUUGGACACACACGAUUUGGCUGCAGCGUAUCGAGAAGCGACCGAGAAAAUCGCGGCUGUGAGUGCUGCGCUAGAGAACCGGCUGGCGUAUUCGCCUAGUGUUGCGCGUGACAAGGAUACACAGGAAGUGUCCACGAUUGACUUGGAAGCCGCCUCGAACGUGGGCAAAGCGGGGUACAUGGACUUUGUCGAGAAACUCAAGCAGCGUAUUGUUGAUGGUGAUAUCUUUCAGGCAGUGCCGUCGCAUCGUCUGGCUGCAGACCUUCCAAAGGGCGUGACCGCGCUGGAUUUGUACCGCCAAAUGCGCGCCAUUAACCCGUCGCCGUAUAUGUUUUACCUCGACAUGGGGGAAGAUUUUCAGAUUGUCGGUGCGUCGCCAGAGAUGCUGGUCAAAGUAGACCACGCCCGCGUCGUGGAGACACACCCGAUAGCUGGAACUCGUCACCGUGGUGCUGACGACGCGGAAGACGACGCGCUGGUGAAGGACCUGCUUGCUGACGAGAAGGAGCGUGCUGAGCAUAUAAUGCUGGUGGAUCUGGGUCGCAACGAUGUUGGUCGAGUGGCCAAGCCAGGCUCUGUCCGGGUCGAGCGUCUUAUGCAGAUUGAAAAGUACUCGCACGUGAUGCAUAUCGUUUCCGUCGUCAAGGGAGACCUACGGGAGGAUCGAACGGUGUAUGACGCGUAUCGUGCCAUGUUCCCUGCUGGUACGCUGUCUGGCGCCCCCAAAGUGCGUGCUAUGGAGCUCAUUUGCUCGCUCGAGACCGAGCGACGUGGCGUCUACUCUGGCUCUGUGGGCUACUUUAGUUUCUCCGGAUUCCUGGACACAGCGAUUGCCAUUCGCACGAUGGUGGUCAAAGACGGCAAGGUCUACUCGCAGGCGGGCGGUGGCAUCGUGUACGACUCUGACCCGCAGGCCGAGUACAUGGAGACGGUGAACAAGUUGGGCUCAGCCAUCAAGACUUUGGAGAAGUGCGCUGCACACAUGGCACCAACUGCCCAUUAA